AUGAAAUUUCCAUUUUAUCUAACCAUACAUUCUUACUGUGCGGUGCUUCAUAAAAUGUUGCUGCCUCGCUCCCCUGUCAAUGUGACAGUACUUAAUGUCACGGCUCACACCAUCACCCUCCAGUGGGAGCCUGACAACACAGGCCCCAGACCUACGGGCUAUAUACUAGAGUACACAACUCUGGACAACAUACAAGAAGUCGGUGCAGUCCCUAGCAGCUACUGGCAGCAGGACAAAACAAACCGCACAGUUCAUAUUCUACAGAAUUUGAAGUCUGGUUUUUAUUACCUGAUCAGUGUGGUGUCUGAGAAUGACAAUGGCUCCAGCGUUCCCAGGGAGUAUCUGCCUGUUCUAACAAAUGCAGAUGCGGACUCCGGUAUAGGCUUCACCACCCCAGGGCCUGGUACAACACCCCACCCUGGGGGCGUCCAACCCACUGAACCCCCAGUCAACAGAACAGAUUGCUGUACUACUAAAGGUGUGAGAGAAGAGUGCCUGUCAGUGUGUGAACAAGGGGACAUAACCAGUGCUUCAUGCUCUAGCUUUGUGCUUUCCACCCUGGCCUGUUCAGCUGAUGGAGGGGAUCAUUCAGGCUGCUGUAGACGGCGUGACGUACCCCUGCAUUGUUGGGGGUUGUGCAGUGGGCAGACUGACUACGACAACAACCCUGUGUCAGUGUUUUGUGCCAGCUAUGCAGAUGUCAUUAUGUUUUGUACUCAGAGGUCUGCAGGUCAGUAGCUAUCCAUAUCGAUGCAUAAAUUUUGAUGUAAGAGGAACUAAACUUCAAUUCU